AUGAUGAAAUAUUUGCCCCCAAGGCAGGCUUGGUACCGAGAACAAGGAAAUCUGCACCUACAACUUUUCUGCUCACCUAAGAAGAGUGCAAUUUCGCAGCUCCAAGAUGCAAGCCAAUCAAUUGAGUGGACUGUUCUGCAAUUCAGCAUCGCCCCUCCCACCAGGAACAGAGGCACAGGCAGCCUGCUGAAGCGUGAGGAUUGCGGAGCUCGCCUGCAGGGGGCGAACAAGAGCAAGAAACCUCCCCCAUUGAGCAAGAGGUUUUUGCUGCUUCAAUGGUUCACUGACAAAUACAGAGGCAGGUGUUCUCUGCCUGCCACUGGACUGAGCUUGGUGACUCCAAGGAAGGAGUUAGUGAAAGGACUAAAAGAGCCUGAUAGUCUCAGGGGCCUCUGUGGUAUCCAGUUCCAGACUGUCCAUAGCAGGGUUAUCUGUGCUCACACACCACCAGAGCCAAGAGAGAAGCCAAGGGACAGGUGUGGUUGUUUCUGGCAAGAGGCGUAUGCCCAUUUCUGGGUACCCACAAGAAAAGUCACAAAGGACAGAAAGACAUUUGACAAUGAUUUGCAGAGGAGAAAUUCAUCUCUGAUUGUUUCCAGAGGAUGCAUCAGUUCUUUGAUUUUGGCUGGAUGUCCAGAAAGACUGAAGAGUCUCGGAGUCUCAGAAGGGGCAAGAGCCUCCAUGCCAAGGCAAGGAAAAAUUCAGGAGCCCCAAGACAGGAAAUCACAGUAAGCCAGCCCCAGAAGACAAUUUUAAUUAUAUAGACAGCCUUUUACUGCAUUAAACAAUGAGAAAUUCCAUUUCAUAUCUCUUAUGAACAAGGAAUAGACUUGAGGGGAUGGAAACACUACUUGAAAAAGCCAUUGUAGUACUUAUUGCAACUGUGACCAUCAUAACAAAGCCCUCUCUACUUUUAUUCACAAUCUUUACAUAUUUUCUCUCAAGAAAGUCAGAAAAAAAUAGCUGUACCAGAAGAAAAAUAAGCUAUGACUGUAGAAAGGCUUGAAAGACAAAAGAUAGAGGAAGUAAGAGAACAGGGAAUGCUUAAUUAUGAACCUAUCGUAACUAAUAAAAUUGAGGCUCAAGGCAGACAACCUAUUGCCAGUGAGUAACAAGUCCGGCUCUCUGGUGUGGACAGUUUCUAAUCCUGAGGAGUUGUUUAACGCUAUCAGCUGAGGGUCCCCCAACACCUGAGGCUCAGAGCUGUAACAUUAGCAGCUGAGUGUUGAAAUACUGGCACUCCAGACCUAUAAGGCUGAAAGCAGAGGGUCCUAACUCCCUUGGUGUUCCUGAUAGUAAGGGAGUUUUGUUUUUCCCGCUUAUCUUUUUCCAUCAAAAUAAAGCAAAGUGUUCUCAAUUGGUGGUGCUUGCAUUGUGAAAAUGUGGCUCCUAUUAGGAGCCAACAAGUAGAGGCUAAAAACUAGCGGGUGAUCUUCCUGAGAUGAGUCUGCCUUGGGCCAAACAUAUUCAAACUAUCCAGGAGGUAAAAAAAAAAAAAAAAAAAAAAAAAGUAUAAUUUAGGGCUGCAGAGAUAGCUCAGCGGUUAAGAGCACUGACUGCUCUUCCAGAGGUUCUGAGUUCAAUUCUCAGCAACCACAUGGUGGCUCACAAUCUGUAAUGGGAUCCAAAGCACUCUUCUGGUGUAUUCAUAUAUAACAAAUAAAUAAA